CGCCGUAGCAGCUCGGACGGAAAUGGAGGCGAAGUGUGUCGAUGCUUCAGCUGCAGAGCAGGCUCGGAGCUUCUGGUCGAAGGAAGACGUUGAUCAGGUGUUCAGCUCCGUGCUCAGCUACCUGGAUCACCUGAAGAAAGCCCUGAAGUCCAACACAGCCACAGAUAAAGAGUUGGCGGCGAGCUGGAAGCUGCUGGAAUGUCUCGACUGGAGCAGCGGAGCGCCGGCCGCCAUGCAGGACGCGUCUGUGGUGCAGGUGGUGAUCGGUUCAGUGGAGUUUUCCCGCCGGAGCCCCCCCCCUCCCUCCACCAAUGGGCUGUCUGGCUCUGCAGCGCCACCUGCAGGCAAAGAUGAGCUGCUGCCUCCACUGUCCACCGUACAGCUCCAGUACCAUCAACACUGCUGCUGCAGGUCCUGCCUGCCCAGUUUACCCAGCAUGCCUCAGUCCACGCCUCCGUUCUGGGGUCAGAACCCGUUCAGGGUGCCGCUGCUUUGCGGCUUUAAGAGGCUGACCGCCGCGCAGAUGACGUCUCCGCGGGGGGGCGAGGAGGAGGAGGAAGAUGAGGAGGAGGAGGAGGAAGGGGAGGAUGAUGUCAUCUACAAAGCGCCGUGUGGACAGAGCCUCCGUAACUAUGACGACGUGAUGCGCUUCCUGUUGGCCACAGAGAGCUACGGCGUUCUGCAGGUGGACUUCUUCAGCUUUAACCCGUCUGUCCGGUUCGACGUCCCCGUGGCGACGGGCCCUCGCCACCCGGAGCUGGACUUGAGUCGGGGUUUGGAGCCGACGCCGGUGGAGCUGUGUGCCGGCGACAGCGGCGCUCGGCCCGCUGACUUCCGCUACAGGAAGGACCGCUGGCCGCACGGCUGCUUCCUGAGCCGCGGCCCCACGCUGUUCAGCACCUGCUGCGACUGCACGGACGGCUGCAGCGACACCAAGCGCUGCGCCUGCAUGGCCAGGACCAGAGGGGGGCGCCAUUACUCCCACCACAGACUGAUGGAGCCCGUCACCUCGGGUGUGUAUGAGUGUGGUCCGUGGUGUGGGUGUGAUCGGGCUCUCUGUCAGAACCGGUUGGUCCAGAGGGGGAUCCGAGUCCGUCUGCAGGUCUUCCAGACCGAGGGCCGCGGCUGGGGCGUGCGUUGCCGUGACGACCUGGACCACGGGACGUUCGUGUGUAUCUACGCAGGUGUGAUCCUGCAGCGCGUCCAAUCAGCUGAUGACUUGGCUCCUCCCAAACUGAUGAGGUCAGACCUGCCGUCAGACGAUGACGUCGAGGUCGUCACCGAGUGGUUGGCUCCUCCCGUCCUCGAGGGGCGGAGCGACCUGGAGGCCCCGCCCCCCAAGACCCCGCCCACUUCCCCCCCGCUGCACGUCCCCGUCAUCCAGAGACCCGCCGACGCCGCGUCCACCCAGCAGGACAGAGACAAGUCUCAGGCGGCAUCUCCGUCAGGUGACCAGCGGCCUCGCCCUCAGGAGACGGUUACCAUGACGACGGGCUCCAGGCUGGUUACCAUGACGACGGGCUCCAGGCUGGAGACCCUGAGGAAGAGGAAGAUGAAGAUGGAGGACGUUUACCUGCUGGACGCCAGCAAGGAAGGAAACGUCAGCCGCUUCUUCAACCACAGUUGUGAUCCAAACCUGUUCGUACAAAACGUUUUCACCGACUCCCACGACCCGAGCUUCCCUCUCAUCGCCUUCUUCACCAGCAGGGUGGUGAAGGCUGGCACUGAGCUCACCUGGGAUUACUCCUCACACCCUCAGAGUGUGUCGUCACACAGACAGGAAGUGAGGUGUGUGUGCGGCGGUGACGAGUGUCGGGGUCAGUUCAGCGUGGAGGAGAAGGUGUGUGAUGUGUGUGUGUGUGGAGGAGGAGGAGAAGGAGACCGGAUGUUUUUGUUCUGUUUAUAA